CGAGCUAAGUUUAAAGCAAACAAAUUACUGAGCCCUUAAAGAUAUAAAACAUUUAAUGGUUAAAGCUGGAAAAGUUUUAUAAUGAGUUCUCGACGGGAGCAAGACGGACACUCACCAAGACUGGAGGCUGUGAUUCAGAAAUUGGAGGAGACUCUGCUUCAGUCGGACAGCAGCUCAGGAGACAGAAGUCUGACACUUCAAGGGGAUGUGGAAGAAUCUGGAGCCACUCUUGUCCCUAUCUCCUCUCGCAUUUGUCAGAUCAUCACCUGCAACCUUGCUGAACAGCCUGCUGGUGAGAACGUUGAGGUUAGCAAGCUGGAGGAGGGCGGUGCCCUGAGGGAGCAUUCUUCUCCUGGCCAAAUGGACGACGGCCAGCCACUAGUCAAACAAACCAGUCUCACAGAGAGGGCUCACCUGGACUCAACUGAGCUUCAGAAGCGUGUUGAGCAAGAUCUUAACAUUGUUAUCCAGAAACAGACUGCUCUGCUACAGGAGGAGCAAAGCCGGAGUGCCAGCCUAAGCCAAGUCAACUCUCUGCUACGGGAACAACUGGGCCAGGUAGACAUUGUCAACAAGGACCUAAUGGAGAGCUUAAGGAAGGCCCGCGAAGAUGCUCAGUGGUUUCAUACUCGCCUGCGCAAAGAGAAAGAGGUGGGGGGAGGGAGCACUUAAAUGAAGGGCUUGAACUUAAAAGGCAAAGGGAAAGUUCAAGUUCACCCCUUAGUGCUGAAAAAUUGCACAAUUAAACUCCUGCCGAGUUCACAUGGGGUUGGAAUUCCAUUCAUAGCCAGUUUCUUGAAUUUACUCUCGUUCCCUGUUAAUUUUUUUUUUUUGAGUUGUUGUUUUGUGUGAAAACAUUCCAGCUGCUGAGAGGGAGGGGGGAAAAAAAUUGUGCAAACAAUCCAGCUUUCCUUGCUGUAAAAUGUUCUACAUCUGUGGACUGAGGGAAAUCCAAUUAGUUGUAAACGUGCCAGGGCGAGUCCAGGAGUUCCAGCAUUUGCAUGUGUUUAGGGAUGACAAUAAAAUGGAAACGUUGCAGUAAGCAAGCCACAACAA